AUGGGCCAAGAGACCUCCCAUGUCCUGCCUCCGGACACGCCUCCGCAGACGCUGUCUGAACGCAGCAUCAGAGCCGUCGCGGAGCUGAUCAAGGAUGGGCGUGCGAAACGCAUCGUCGUCAUGACUGGAGCUGGUAUCUCAACCGCUGCCGGAAUACCCGACUUCCGCUCGCCCAAGACCGGGCUGUACAACAACCUAGCCCGUCUUAAUCUACCGCAUCCCGAGGCCGUCUUCGACAUCGAUUUCUUCAAGAAGAACCCCGCGCCCUUCUACGUUCUGGCGAAGGAGCUUUACCCGGGCAAUUUCCACCCGACCAUCUCCCACGCCUUCAUCGCCCUGCUCGCCAAGCGGAAGCUGCUGCGCAUGCUCUUCACGCAGAACAUCGAUUGUCUGGAGCGUACCGCCGGCGUGCCGCCCGAGCUUAUAGUGGAGGCUCACGGCAGCUUCGCCACGCAGCGCUGCAUCGAGUGUAAGACCGAGUUCCCAGACAAGGAGAUGCGCGAGCAUGUCGAGCGUGGGGACCCGCCCUCCUGCAUCAAGCCUGGUUGCGAUGGGCUGGUGAAACCGGAUAUUGUCUUUUUCGGCGAGCAGCUGCCAAAAGACUUCUACGACGCCGCUGCAGUACCAGCUAUGGCUGAUCUGGUGAUUGUGCUGGGCACCAGCUUGACGGUGCACCCAUUCGCGGGUUUGCCACGCAUGGCGAUGGAGCGCACGCCGAGAUUACUUUUAAAUAUGGAGCAGGUGGGCGACCUGGGCUCGCGGGCGGACGACGUGCUGUGCCUUGGGGAAUGCGACAAGGGCGUUCGGUCUUUGGCUGACGAGCUCGGAUGGCGGGAUGAACUGGAGGCGAUGUGGACGGGUAUCGUCGGCGGACAAGAAGCUCAGCGGCAGCGAGACCGUCCCGAGAAGGAAGAAAAGCACAUAGAGUAUGAGCUGCUAGAUGAGCUGGUGCGAGGCGUGGAAGAGAAGUUGGAGCUUUCCGAGGGCAGCACAGACGACGCUGAUGCUAACCUCGGGGAGCAGGCACAAGAAGGCGCUGUUCGUUCGCAGAGCACAUCGGAGGCUACUGCGGCUGACGCUGCGGAGGGGGAUACGGGUGCUCGUGCGGAGAAGAGCGUGGGCAGCGAGUCAACGCGAGGUGAUCACGAUGAGGUUGGAGAGGUUGCGGUAUCGGGCAAGACGAUUAAAAAUCAUCAAGGGGCUGAGGAAACUGCAUCGACGAAAGAUGAAUCCACGGAGGUGAACUUGGGGGUCAUGGCUGGCCACUCUCCCGUGCAGACCACAAGCACUUCAACCGGCUCAGUGGGCGAAGUCAACGUUGAUGGCAAGACGCAGGACCAGGGGAACGAGAACAAGCCGGUAUUGUGA